AUGGUUGACAAAUUGGACAAAUACAUUGACAGUUACUCUAAAGAAUGGUACCAGGCGUUUUUGCUAUUGAUGAUGGCCGGUACACCAGGAAUAUUUAACGCUAUACAGAUCUCAUCGUACGUGUUCCUAGUUGACAAACCUUCAUACUGGUGUGAUAUACCAGUUUUGAAAGCGGCAGGGUGGAGUGACCAAAUGCUCUUAAAUGUUUCUACACCGUAUCAAAAUUAUUCAUCAAAAAAACUUGAAGAAUGUUCUUAUUACAAUCAAAAUUAUUCAAUAUUUGCCAAAAAUGGUUACAAUUGGUCAAUAAAUAAUUUAGAAACUGCCAAUUCAAAACCUUGUCAAUAUUAUAGUUACAGUAACACAGACACUGUUGUAACUGAAUGGAAUUUAGUUUGUGAAAAUGUAGCAAUGAAGUCAAAUAUUCAAGCAGUUAUGGCUUUUGGAAAGUUUGUUGGUGGACUUUUAUUUGGUUCAAUAUCAGAUGUAUAUGGCAGGAAGUUUGCUUUUAAUUUGGCAGCUUUUAUUUACAUGUUUUCAGGACCAUCUGCUGCCCUGAUUGAUUCUUAUGUAUUAUUUUUAAUUGCAAGAUUCUUGAUAGGUGUAGCUGGAUCUGGAAUUUAUGAAUCAUCAUAUACAAUAUUGACUGAGCUGACAAGUGGUAAAACUCGUACUUUACUUUGUCUUUUGAUGAAUAUGUCGUAUCCAAUAGGUUAUAUUUUGUUAUCAAUUAUUGCUUAUUAUGUACGACCAUGGAGAAUGUUGCUUUUAGUUUUGUCUUUGCCCAUGUUUGGAUUGUUGAUACAAUGCUGGUUUUUACCAGAAUCUCCAAAAUGGUUGAUGUCUCAAGGUAGAGAAAGCCAGGCUUGGGAAGUGAUGACUAAGCUUGUUCCUUCUGCUAUUCAUGCUGACAUAGAUAAUGAUAACCAGGAUAUGGUUGAAAUUAGAAAGUCAAAAAAGAGUCAAGGGAAAUUUAAUGAGUUUUUGUCCACUUUUACUACAUUGUUUUCUACUUGGGAUUUAUCUGUCAAGACGGGUAUUUCUUUUUCUUGUGGAUUCGUUUGUGGCCUAUCAUAUUACGUUAUUGCAUUAAAUGGUGAUAAUAUUACUGCUGAUCGUUACAUAUAUGUUGCAUUGAAUGGAGUUGUCGAAGGCUUAGCAUACUUAUCAACUAUUCCAUUAUUACUUUAUGUUGGACGCAAAAUAGCAGUUUCCGGUUUAUUUUUUGCAUCCGGAAUAUUGCAGCUUGCAUUGUUAACAAUACCAAAAGAAAGUGCAAAUUUUUUAUUAUUUGUUGCUCUGCUUGGAAAAUUUUGUGUGAGUGCAGUAUUUUCAGUUAGUUUGCUUUAUAUAUCAGAGUUAUAUCCAACUACAAUAAGAAAUACCGGCCUUGGAACAUCGUUGACUAUUUCUCAAAUAGGAUCUGUUAUUGCACCAUAUGUAGUUGAAUUAUUGGGAGCUAAAGCUUGGUACAUUCCAAGUACGGUGUGUGGAGUGCUAGGUAUUUUCGUUUCAAGUUUGGUUCUAAUGUUGCCUGAAACAAAGGGAACAGUAUUACCAGAUACUCUAGAAGAUAUGAAAAUUACUAGUUCUGUUAAAGUUACCAAUUGUUGUAAGUUUUAG